AUGAGCGAUCAAGUUACCAUCACAACCGAAAUGGCCUCAGACCAGAAACCUACGAUCGAUGAUCAAUACCCAGACCAUCUCGUGACCUUUGACGACCCGGAUGAUCCCUACAACCCAGUAAACUGGACCUUCCGCAAGAAGUUCAUCACCACCAUCUCUUAUGGUCUCACGACUUGCUGGAUCACUUUGGCCUCUGCCAUUUUCGCUGCCGCCAUUGAACCUGUUUCUGCCGAGUUCAACGUCAAUACUGAGACAUCCGCUGCAGCGACGAGUCUGCUUGUUUUUGGAUUUGGUCUUGGACCUCUAGUUUGGGGACCACUGAGUGAGCUUUAUGGUCGGAAGUGGCUUAUCCUUAUUCCAUACUUUAUCGCCGCCGUAUUCUCGUUCGGUACAGCUACAGCCAAGGACAUCCAAACAGUUCUCAUCACGCGUUUCUUCUCGGGCCUGUUUGGUAGCGCACCUGUUACAAUUACCGGAGGUGUCAUGGCGGAUAUAUGGGUCCCCCACCAACUUGGUAACGCCAUUGUCGCGUACGGAGUUACUAUUGUUGGCGGCCCGACAUUGGGUCCUAUAAUCGGCGGAGCGCUGUGCUCGAGCCGUCUAGGCUGGAGGUGGACUGAGUACCUGACCGGUAUUGUGAUGAUGGCUCAGCUUGCUGUCGAUCUUCUGGUGAUUGAUGAGAGCUACGCACCUAUUUUGUUGGCUCGAAAGGCUCAUAAACUGAGACUUCAGACGCAGCACUGGGCGUUACAUGCUAAGCAUGAGGAAUGGGACGUGUCAUUCAAAGAGCUAUACCAGAAGUACUUCAUCCGUCCUUUCCAAAUGAUGGCAACCCCAAUCUGCUUUCUCAUGUCGUUGUACGCCUCAUUCGUCUACGGGAUUCUCUAUGCAAACCUCGAAAGCUUUUCCAUCGAGUACCAGGAAGUGCGCCAAUGGGGGCCAGUGGUUGGCACUUUGCCUUUCAUCGCUCUGUUGAUUGGCAUCCUUUGCGCAGCAGCGAUCAAUAUUUACAAUAACACAUACUAUCGCAAGAGACUUAUGGAGAAUGGAUACAGAGCUGUUCCGGAGGCGAGAUUGCCUCCGAUGAUGCUCGGGGGUAUCGUCUUUACGGCCGGACAGUUCCUCUUCGCAUGUACCUCAUCUCCGAACAUCAACUAUUGGCCAUCAAUCAUCGGCAUCGCUUUGACAGGUCUCGGCUUCACAACCAUCUUCCAAGCUGCACUAGGCUAUCUCAUUGACACAUUCACACGUUACAGCGCAAGUGCAGUUGCAGCCAAUACCUUUAUGCGAUCCAUGUUCUCGGGUGCAUUCCCUUUGUUCAUCAUCCCCAUGUACCACAAACUUGGGGUGGACUGGGGAACAACCGUCUUUGGUUGUAUAGCUGCGGUGUUGAUCCCUGUUCCUUUUCUGUUCUUUGUUUGGGGAAAGAAGAUCAGAGGUAGGGGCAAGUGGAGCAAGGACAGCGUUUAG